UGUUGAAUUAUGUUAAAGUUCCAACACGAUAAGUACGAUAACAAUGAUAAAUGCGUAAUGAGUUGAUGACGUAUGAAUCUUAAUCAAUUUUUAUGGCUUUAUCUCUUUCUCUCAUCGUGGUGGGCCCGACCGGCAAAUUGUUAUCACGUUAUCAUACCACAUUGAGGCUCCCACACUGUAGCAAUUAUGUCGUACUUGAAAAGAUUGAAUAAAAUUUGUGAAUUGAGCUUGAAGAAUUCCAGACGGAUAAGCAAUGCCCAAACAAAGGCUGAUGUAAAAUUACGGCAAAUUGAUAAGGUUUUAAUUGCUAACCGCGGAGAAAUAGCAUGCCGGGUUAUGCGAACAGCUAAGAAACUGGGUAUCCGAACUGUGGCUGUGUAUUCGGAUGCAGACAAAGAUGCUAUCCAUGUGGAAAUGGCAGAUGAAGCAUACAACAUUGGCCCAGCUUCUGUAACGCAAAGUUACCUGAACAAAAAUAAAAUACUUGAAGUAGCCAAGAAAUCUCACAGCCAAGCCAUUCAUCCUGGAUAUGGGUUCCUCUCUGAAAAUGUUGAGUUUUGUGAGCAGUGUGCCUCUGAAGAUAUCAUAUUUAUUGGACCCCCCACCUCAGCUAUUAGAGAUAUGGGCAUAAAAAGUACUUCUAAAGCCAUAAUGUCCAGUGCAGGAGUGCCUAUAGUUAAAGGUUAUCAUGGCGAAGAUCAAAGCAUAGAAAGACUGCAAGCUGAAGCUCAGAGGAUUGGCUUCCCAAUAAUGAUCAAAGCAGUUCGUGGUGGUGGUGGCAAAGGAAUGCGUAUAGCAAUGACGGAAUCGGAAUUCCUGCAACAAUUAGAAUCGGCUAAAAGAGAAUCUCUCAAAUCAUUUGGUGACGAUAACAUGCUACUGGAGCAAUACAUCACUGAUCCUAGACACGUUGAAGUGCAAGUAUUCGCCGACAUGCACGGUAACGCAGUGCAUCUCUUUGAACGAGAUUGUUCAGUUCAGAGAAGACAUCAGAAAAUUAUUGAAGAGGCACCCGCGCCGGGUCUGUCGGAGCAGACGCGCUCGGCGCUGGGCGAGGCGGCGGUGCGCGCCGCGCUGGCCGUCAGCUACGUGGGCGCCGGCACCGUGGAGUUCAUCCUGCACCGCGCCACGCACCACUUCCACUUCAUGGAGAUGAACACCCGCCUGCAGGUCGAGCACCCUAUCACUGAGAUGAUCACUGGCACUGAUCUUGUGGAAUGGCAGCUCCGGGUGGCGGCAGGCGAGCCCCUGCCUCUGACACAGGCGGAGGUGCGGCGGCGCGGACACGCCGUGGAGUGCCGCGUGUACGCCGAGGAGCCGGGCGCGGGCUUCCUGCCUCGCGCGGGCACCCUGCACCGCCUAGUGCAGCCCACACCCGAGCAACACUGCCGGGUAGAAACUGGCGUGCGAGAAGGCGCGGAGGUGUCAGUGCACUACGACCCCAUGAUAGCCAAGCUGGUGGUGUGGGGCCGCGACCGCAGCGAGGCGCUCGCCAAGACGAGGGCCAAGCUCUCCGAGUAUCAGGUGGCGGGUCUGGAGACGAACGUGAACUUCCUGCUGCGGCUGGCGGGCGACCCCGCGUUCGUGGCGGGCGACGUGCACACCGCCUUCAUCCCGCAGCACGCGGCGCGCCUGCUCGCCGCGCCCGCGCCCGCCCGCCUGCAGGCCACGGCACGCAGCGCCGCGCUCGCACAUGUGCUUAUGUCCCAAAAAGCAAGCACGAGUAAGACAAAUAAUGGAAUCGACGUUUCGCCGAGUGCGUGGCGACCGAACUAUCAACUUCGAAAAACGAUUUCUCUAAAGCUAGACGGCAAAGAUAUCCCAGUAGCAGUAGAACACGUAGGCCCGAAACGGUACCGGGUGAAAGUGGGAGACGGAGAAUGGGAGGAGGCCGAAGCGUGGCUGAGCGAGAGCGAGCGCGGCGCUCGGCUCACCAGCGUCGUGGGGGGGCGGCGCGCCACCGUCGGCCUGCUGGCGUUCGAGGACCAGCUCCACGUCUAUGACGAGGAGGGUCAAUCGAUAGCCUUGGUCCCUCGGGCUAGGUACGGCGGCGCCGGGGCCUCGGAGGCGUCUUCAGACAGCGCCUGCUCGCCCACGCCCGGCGUGCUGGAGAGAAUACUAGUCAAUCAAGGCGAUAAGGUGGUGAAAGGGCAGCCGCUGUUCGUGGUGAUCGCGAUGAAGAUGGAGUACGUGGUGCGGGCGAGCCGCGGCGGCGUGGUGGCGGGGCUGGCGGCCGCGCGGCCCGGCGACCCGGUCGGCAAGGGCGCCGAGGUCGUGCUGCUCCAACCCGACACAACCAAGACCAACUGAAUCACAUCCACCUACCUAGCUGACUAUUGUCACCUGACA